AUGGCACAGUACGGCGAGCAGUACGGGCGGCAGAGCGACGAAAAGUAUGGAGUCCAUGGAGGAGAAUAUGGAACUACUGGAAACACCGGAGGAGCUUACAAGACGGAUCAAUAUGGGGCCGCCGGUGGUGCUGUUGGAGGUUACGGGAUGACCGGAAACCACGGGGCGGAGGCCGGAAAAGUUGAUGCUGGAAGGGAGGAAGGCGGCCACCACCGCCGCUCUGGCAGCGCCUCCAGCUCGUCUUCGGAGGACGACGGGCAAGGUGGGAGGAGGAAGAAGAAGGGCCUGAUGGGGAAGAUAAAGGAUAUGCUCCCCGGCGGCGGUCACAAGACGGAUGGUGCCGCCGCCGCCGCUGGACAUGAAGUGCACGGCGGCGCCGCCGUACACCAUGAAAAGAUUUGA